AUGCAAACCUUGUGCGGGCGUGCCGGUCUGGCCCUUGGGAGCUCGGACUCACCCCUGAGGCCCGUGACAGUUUUCCACUCCUUCGGAGAUGCGGACUACGCCGCCACGGCGACUUCCAAGAAUGACGCAGUAUUCAAGAGCGGUGACCCAGAGUGUGCCCUGGCCGAGAUCAGCGACCCAGAGGUGACUCGGCCGCCGGCGUUUAGCGACCCGUACGAAGCCCGGGGAUAUCUAAAGCAUCGCCUGGCCAUCGCCUGCCGCAUCUUUGCCCAGUUCGGGUUUGCCGAGGGUAUCGCGGGUCACAUCACCCUGCGAGACCCUGUUGACCCGACCAGCUUCUGGGUGAACCCCUUUGGGCUGCACUUCUCCCAGAUCCGGGACGAGGACCUGAUACUGGUGAGCGAGUCGGGAUGCGUUAUUGAUGGCGGACGGAAUCGGAGGCUGAACCAUGGCAUGAAGACCACAAAAGGAAGCCCGCUGACGACGUCCAACAAAGCCGCCUACGCGAUCCAUGCUGAGCUGCACCGCGCCCGGCCCGAUGUCAACUGCGCCGCGCACGCGCACACGAUGCACGGCCGGGCCAUCUGCAGCCGGGCUCGCCCGGGGCUGCGCAUGCUGACGCAGGACUUUUGCGUCUUCUGGCGCGACCUGGCGCUGCACCCGUCCUUCGCGGGCGUGGUGCUGGCGGCCGACGAGGGACGCGCCAUCGCGUCGGCCCUGGGCGGCCGCAAGGCCGCGCUGCUGGCCAGCCACGGGCUCCUGGUCGCGGGCGCCAGCGUCGAGGCGACCGUCGCGUGGUUCGUGCUGCUCGAGCGCUGCUGCCAGGUCCAGCUGCUGGCCGAGGCCGCGGCCGCGGGUCAGGGCGGCGGCGCCGACGCGGCCGUUGUCGAGAUCGGGGACGAGGAGGCCAGGGCCACUUGGGAGGUUAUGGGGUCGCCCGAGCAUGGGUAUCUGAUGGGCUUGCCGCUGUUCCAGGUUGCGGAGCGAGAGUUUGGAGAGGAGACGUAUCUGGGACGAGGUCUUGAGAAGCGUUGAUUGUGCCAGGUAGGAUUUCCGAGGAACGGUUGGAGGAUUGGACAACAUAGGGAUAAAUCUCAA